AUGGAUCUGGAGAGGUCGCCGCCGGCGUCUCCGGCGGAGGCGGCAGUGGCUGGCGGCGGGGGCGGGGCCGCGGCCUGCUCCAUCUGCCUAGAUCCGGUGCUCGCCCGCGGCGCCGGCCGGUCCGUCGCCAAGCUGCAAUGCGGACACGAGUUCCACCUAGAUUGUAUUGGGUCCGCAUUCAAUGCAAAAGGAGCGAUGCAAUGCCCUAAUUGUCGGAAGAUUGAGAAAGGUCGCUGGCUUUAUGCAAGCGGACAUCGCCCCUCUGCUGAUAUUGAUAUGGGUGGCUGGGUGACUAGCGACAACUAUGAUAUCACCUCCGAGCUUCCUUUUGGAUUUCAAUGGUGCCCCUUUAGUGGAUUCACCCAGCUAGCAUCUGUGUUUGAGGAGCGUGAAGCUGAGCCAACUUAUCACACAACUGGAGAUCACUCAAGUGCUGCAAGCAGUUCACUUGUUUGCCCAUAUCUUGCCCUGCGUGGUUUUCUCCAUCCUGUUCAUGUGCCUUCUACUUCUAAUUCUGGUGCUGAAAGCACUUCAUUUCAUCGGCAUUCAACUGGCUUGGAAGGCCAUGCCACUCCUGAUUUGAAUCAUGCUCCAGUUUUCCAUGCUACCGAGUCAAGAAAUCAUGACAGUGAGCACAGACAUUUUAGUAAUAUUCCUGUAUCAGGAAUUCCUGAAUAUUCUAUGACUCCAUUUGGUAUAGGACUACCAAGAUAUGACAGUGGCAGCCAACAGAGAUUGAGAUCAUAUGCACAUCAUCAUCCCCUAAUCCAUAGGCCAACACCUCGCAGUGGAAGCAAUUUGGUGGCACCAUUAGGGUCAGUUCCAGCUGUCGUGGCAGAGACUAGAGGCCAUGGUCAUGGUGCAAGAGGCCAUAUGUAUCAACAGUCGAUGCACUCAUCUGUGCAGGGCAGCCCGUUCCCUCCUAGCACUAGAAGGGUUAGGCCCAGAGCCUUGACAAUUACAUCUUUCAUUGCAGCGACUUCCUCAGGUGAGAUUGGAGGGCCCCAUGGAUUUCCCGCUCCUGGAACUGUGAACAGGAGCGUUUCUGAUUCUGAGGGCAUCUCUAGACCCAUUGACCGACCAUAUACAUGGGGCUGGGAGGGCUUUGCUCCGUUCCCUUGGAUCCCUGCUGAAGGCGAGUCUCACUGGUGGGGCACCUUCAAUCCUAUGCAGAACCAUGCGCAUGGAAGUUUUACCAGAAGGCCUGCUGGGGAGCGGAUGCCGCAUAGCCACCCAGAGAACGGCUAUCAGCCUGUGCCCCCUUCACAGAGGAUGCCACCGUUCUUGUGA